AAGAGAGAGAGUGGUAAAUGAAAACCUAAAUUAACAUAAAACGAAAAUUAAAGAAACCCCUAGAGAGAGAAAACUCUCACUCUCCUUCUCUCUUCUCUCUCGAUCUACUUCCCAAUUAUCUCUCAAGCGCAGAUCUAAAUUCUCCUACUGAUAUAUGUAAAAUCUCCCUUUCCUGAAUUCAGUUUUUAUCCAGAUUGAGAGAUUCGUAGGUUUUUGUGAUGGCGGGUUAUAUAAAGGGGGUGAACAGAUCGGCCACGACGGCGUUCUCGCCGGAUGGCGCGUACAUCGCCGCGGGGACGAUGGCGGGGGCGGUGGAUCUGCAAUUCAGCUCCUCCGCCAGUCUCGAUAUAUUCGAGCUUGAUUUCGUCUCCGACGAUCGGCAGCUGAUCCUUGCGGGCACUGUUCCGACAUCCGAGCGAUUCAAUCGGCUCUCGUGGGAGAAGGGUCCGGCGAAUUCUGAGGAGUAUUCUCUUGGUCUCAUUGCCGGUGGCCUUGUUGAUGGCAACAUUGGGCUUUGGAAUCCGAAGAACCUGAUCUGUUCCGACGGCGUUAACAAGGGUUCUGAUACAAGUGAGAAUGCUUUUGUCACGAAUCUUUCAAGGCACAAAGGACCUGUACGUGGUUUGGAGUUUAACUCUCUUUCGCCAAAUCUUCUUGCUUCUGGCGCCGAUGAAGGUGAUAUUUGUAUAUGGGAUAUAACAAAACCAUCAGAGCCGAGUCAUUUUCCUCCACUCAAGGGCAGUGGAUCUGCAACACAAGGUGAAAUUUCAUUCUUGUCCUGGAAUAGCAAGGUUCAGCACAUACUGGCCUCCACUUCAUUUAAUGGGACAACUGUUGUGUGGGAUCUGAAGAAGCAAAAGCCAGUUAUAAGUUUCUCAGAUUCAAUCAGAAGGAGGUGUUCUGUUUUACAGUGGAAUCCAGAUGUUGCUACUCAGCUCAUUGUUGCUUCAGAUGAAGAUAGUUCACCUUCUCUCAGGCUGUGGGAUAUGCGGAAUACAAUGACUCCAGUAAAAGAGUUUGCUGGGCACAGCAAAGGUGUGAUUGCUAUGUCAUGGUGCCCUAUUGACAGUUCUUAUCUGCUUACUUGCGCCAAAGAUAACCGCACUAUUUGCUGGGACACAGUAUCUGGGGAGAUUGUGGCCGAACUACCUGCUGGAACCAACUGGAAUUUCGAUGUACACUGGUACUCUAAGAUUCCUGGAGUCAUAUCAGCAUCUUCAUUUGAUGGGAAAGUUGGCAUCUAUAAUAUAGAGGGUUCUGGUAGAUAUGGCGUUGGAGAGGGUGAUUUUGGAGCAGCACCUUUGAGGGCCCCAAAGUGGUACAAGCGAAAAGCUGGAGUUUCAUUUGGUUUUGGAGGCAAGCUUGUUUCAUUUAACGCUACUGAAUCUCCAGCUGGAUCUUCCGAGGUUUAUGUGCACAAUUUAGUUACUGAACAGGGUUUGAUGAGUCGAUCUUCUGAAUUUGAAGCCGCAAUACAAAAUGGGGAUAGAUCAGCACUGAGACUUCUGUGCGAAAAGAAAUCUCAAGAAGAAUCUGAGGAUGAGAGAGAAACAUGGGGCUUCAUGAAGGUUAUGUUCAACGAGGAAGGGACUGCAAGGUCGAAGCUGCUUUCGCAUCUUGGUUUCAGUCUGCCUAUUGAAGAAAGUGAUGCUUCACAGAAUGAUGUAUCUGAGAAGGUGAAUGCUCUUGGUCUUGAUGAGAGUUCAACUGCUACGGAUAUUUCUGGGAAAAAGGAAUCCACCUUAUUUGCAACUGACAAUGGGGAAGAUUUCUUCAACAAUCUUCCAAGUCCCAAGGCGGAUACACCUUUGGCCAAUUCAAAGAAUGAUUUUGUCGUUGAAGAAUCUGUAAAGGAAUCUCAACAAGGAAUUGACGGACAAGAGGAGAGUUCUGAUCCUUCAUUUGAUGAUGCUGUUCAACGUGCUUUGGUUGUUGGAGACUACAAGGGGGCAGUUGCACAAUGCAUUUCUGCAAAUAGAUUGGCAGAUGCUUUGGUCAUUGCUCAUGUUGGUGGUACUUCGUUGUGGGAGAAAACACGUGAUCAGUACCUCAAGACAAGUCGUUCUCCAUAUCUAAAGGUUGUCUCUGCCAUGGUAAACAAUGACCUGAUUAGCUUAGCGAACACCAGACCUCUAAAGUCAUGGAAGGAGACACUUGCUCUCUUUUGUACUUUUGCACAGACAGAUGAGUGGACUCUACUAUGUGACACUCUUGCUGCUAGACUCAUGGCUGCUGGUGAUACAACUUCUGCUACACUGUGUUAUAUAUGUGCUGGAAAUAUUGACAAAACUGUGGAAAUCUGGUCGAAGAAUCUGUCAGCCGAGCAUGAUGGAAAGCCCUAUGUAGACCGUCUCCAGGAUCUAAUGGAGAAGACUAUCGUCUUUGCUUUCGCUACUGGACAGAAGCGAUUUAGCGCUUCAUUAUGUAAACUUGUUGAGAAAUAUGCUGAAAUAUUAGCAAGUCAAGGUCUUCUAACUACAGCGAUGGAGUACUUGAAUCUUCUCGGAACUGAAGAAUUGUCCACUGAACUUGUUAUAUUACGUGAUCGUAUUGCUCGUUCCACUAUUCAAGAGAAAGAGAUUGAGAAGCCUGUGACUUACGAGAAUAGUCAAUUACAAACCGGACCUGCAUACAAUGAUCAAUCGAGUUAUGGUGUUGCUGAUGCCUCUCAACGUUAUUAUCCGGAGACUGCUCCAUCCCAGAUGCAACCAAGUAUCCCAAGCAGUCCAUAUGGUGAAAAUUAUCAGCAGCCACCCGCCGCUCCAUUUGGAAGGGGUUAUAAUCAGCCUCCCGCAUAUCAGCAAGUUCCGCAGCCUAAUAUACCACAGCCUGGCAUGUUUAUCCCUUCUCCUGCUGCCCCUGUUCAAGCGGGCAACUUCCCUCCACCCCCUGUUAAUACUCAGCCUCCUGCCAAAUUUGUUCCAUCAAAUCCUCCUAUUUUGAGAAACGUGGAGCAAUAUCAGCAGCCAUCGACUUUAGGUUCCCAGCUAUAUCCAGGAACUGCUAACCCUAGUUAUCAAGCUGGUCCACCGGGAAUUCCUGCCUAUGGUGUUAACACAUCUCAAGUUGGGCCAACGGUUGGGCAACAAAUGCCCCAUGUAUUGGCUCCUACACCAGCACCUAGAGGAUUCAUGCCAGUGAAUAAUGCAGGGGUUCAAAGACCUGGGAUGAACCCAGUGCAACCUCCUAGUCCUACUCAGCCUGCUCCAGUGCAGGCUGCAGUUGCCCCUGCCGCUCCUCCACCUACUGUGCAGACUGUUGAUACUUCGAAUGUACCUGCUCAUCAGAGGCCUGUUAUUGCAACUUUAACAAGACUUUUUAACGAGACAUCCGAAGCAUUGGGAGGGGCACGAGCAAAUCCAGCUAAGAAGCGGGAAAUAGAGGACAACUCAAAAAAGUUAGGGGCCUUGUUUGCAAAACUCAACAGUGGAGACAUAUCUAAAAAUGCUGCAGAAAAGCUUGUUCAACUCUGUCAGGCAUUGGACGGGGGUGAUUUUGCCACAGCCCUUCAAAUCCAGGUGCUUCUGACAACAAGUGAUUGGGAUGAAUGCAACUUCUGGUUAGCAACACUUAAAAGAAUGAUCAAGACAAGACAGAACUUCAGAUGAACGAUCUAUCAAUCAACUCUUCUUGCAGAACUUGUGAUUUAGGUUCAUUUGUAGUUUUGGAAUCGUGUUCGAAUGACUUCGGUAUUUAAGAAUUUAUGUUGUUGGAUAGCAUGCGGGUUUUCCGUUUUUUUUAACUUUUAUUUUACUCAUCUGACCUGUUAAAUCUUUUUUUUUUUUGGCUUUAAUUUCGUUGGGAUUCUUUGAGAACAGUCGAAAGUAAAGAUAGUUCUGAAGGACUAUGAUAGUUAUUGCAACUGUGCUUCACAUAAUAUAUUUAGUUUUGAGAUAUAGAUACAUUUUGAGUCUAGACUGUUGUAAUUUGUCACAAAGUCUUGCAUAUGUUUUUAUGAAGCCAUUGGAUUGUACUUUAA